AUGUCACUUUGGAAAUGUAGAGGAAGUUUUGUAGAGUUAUUCAUGGAAUCGUUUACGGAAAAGGAACUAUUGGCGACGAUAAAUGACAUGGGUUACGAUCUUUCUCCUGAAGAACUGGUAUUUUUUAAGAAAGAAAUGGAUAAAUUCUUGGAUGAGCUGGAAAGAGAAAACGAGCAACAAUCACAGGACCAAAAUGUGUCAUUUAGUUCUCUAAUGAAAGAUAUUUCUCAACUGUCUACUUGUGAUAUACCGUGCAUUUCUGAUAAGGAGGAAUUAAUUUAUGCCGAACAAUAUCGUUGUCUUCAAUCUCACGAAAAUCCUGAAUUGCGUAAAAAUCAAGGAAAUGCCGCGCGAUCUUCUACAUCGAUUAAUCGCUACGGAAUACUAAAUCGUGAUGAAAUAGUAAAUAUUUUGGAUGAUGGUUAUCGUUGCCUUCGACAAAUUACUGUAGAUAACAAUCGCUUGCAAGACCUAAAUAGCCGUCUCGAGGAAAGUUUGUACCAUAGUCGUACAAGAUCACUUUCGUCUGAUGAAGACAAGCCAAAAAUUGUAUUUGCUCAAGCAGUGAACGAUGUAAAAGAUAAGGUGAAAAGUGACAAUGUACAAAUUGCUGUGGAUCCUGCUAUACGACCGGUUCUGCACCCUCUUCCUGGCGGAGUACCUUUUCGACACGAUCCUGUGAAAAAAUAUGAAUUAUAUAAGAAAGGUUGGUUGGAAAAUCCUCCUCCAGGUGAGAAAAAGCGAUUAUCAUUGAGGUGGAAGGUACGAGAAUUCAUGCUGCGAAGAGACAUUUCCGGAGUUAAACCGCUAGAUUUGGCUCGAAGAAGAAUAUCAAAUCCUGAUUGGUGUCCACGUCCUUAUCUCGACUAA